AUGGACAACGCGCUCACUUUGAGAGAGGGAGGGAACCCAAUCCGGGUGUCCUGGGCGAAGAAUCAGCGUGGUGGCGGCGGCUUCUCCGGAGGUGGAGGAGGCUGUGGUGGAGGCUUCGGCGGUAGCGGAGGCGGUGGGUAUGGCGGCUGCGGAGCUUCCUAUGGUGGCUUCGGUGGUGGCUGUGGAGGCUGCGGCGGCUUCGGUGGCUGCGGCUGCGGUGGCUGUGGCGGUGGCUGUGGCUGUGGCGGCUGCGGCUUUGGAGGAUGCGGAGGCUGCGGUGGUUGUGGGGGUUGCGGUGGCUGCGGCCCUGGGGGCUGUGGCUGCGGUGGCUGCGGUGGCUGCGGUGGCUGCGGUGGCUGCGGCUGUGGCGGCUGGGGUGGCGGCUGCGGUUGCGGCGGUUGCGGCAAAGGCGGCCAGUGGCAAGGAGGUGGUGGCCAGUGGCAAGGGGGCGACGGUGCCGCGGCAAAAGCGAAGCUUUUCGUCGGGAAUCUCCCGCCGGACAUCACACCUGAGGUUCUGACACAAGUCUUUGGGACUUAUGGCAAUGUCGUCAACGUCCACGUCAUGGCCGGCAAGUCCAAGAGCGGUCAGAGCUGUGCCUUUGUCGAGUACUCCAACACCACAGAAGCCGAAACUGCUGUUCUGACGCUUCAUGAGAAGUAUGAGAUUCGUCCAGGAGAUGGGCACAUCCUCGUGAAAUUUGCGCAGUCUGGCAGUUCUCGCCCGGGUAUUAGUGACUUCAUGACGGAUGGCAAGGAUAAGGGACCACUGGUCUACCAAGAGAGCAAGCUCUUCAAUAGCGAGACUUUCCUGAUCAACGUAUACGACCAUACGAAGCGGCGGGCAGUCACUUUCGAAACCUAUGGCCUGGAGACGCAGGAUCAGUUUCACAUCCAGUACAGCUACCAGGACUUCGAUGGACUCUUUCGCUUCAAUGCCGAGCUGAUGAACCCCAAUCGGAAAGAAGGCCGAUUUCAUUGGAUUGCGGAGCGACUGGCCAUUCUCACGGUCGGAAAAGACCGGCAGCUGAAGCUGCAGCCGGAGCCGACACCAGAGGUGCCCGAGCUUCCCAUUUAUGAGACUGUGCGAAAGAUCCCCACGGGACGCAUGGACUUGAAAGAGCGUCAAAGGUUGCGCGAACAAAUGGACAUGCUAGACAUCAAGCGCAAUGAGAACAUUGCGAAGCGCAAGCAGGAGUCCAGACAGAAGUUUCUGCAACAUGUCUUCUGGCUGAAGGAGGAGGACAAGAGGCUCAAGCGGGAGCAUCACGAGAAGCUCGAAGCCGAGCGCACUCGUCGAGUCCAGAUGAAGGAAGAGCUCGAAAGAAGACAAAAGGAGGCGAGCCGCCUCGAGAAGGAGCGACAGCGACAGCGCCGAAUUGCCGUCGAGGCAAAGGAGGAGCGCAUCGAAGAGCGCGAUGCGGAAGACUACAGGCAGCUCCGCGCCAGAUGGAAGAUGCGCGACGCCGAGCGAGCCAAGGCGAUCGCAGAGGCCAUCGGGCGCAAGGAGCUUGACCUUGCGGAGCUGCGCAAGAAGCAGGCCGAGGAAAAGAAGGAGGCGGAAGAGAUCAUGCGAAAGCGUCAGGGCGCCUGGGACGCCCGAGAGGAGCGAAUUCGCCGAAAAAGCCAAGCAUGGCUGAAAGCAGUCCUCGAAGUCAAGGCUGAACGGUUGCGUAUGGCCAAGAUGAUGCAGGAGCGAAAUCAGGAGUAUUUGAAUUUGCUCCAUAGCCUCCGACAGCCGAUCUUCGAGGCGCAGCUAAAGAGGAUGGAGGAGCGCAAGAUGGCUGCAGAGGCAAUUGCCCAGUCGACAGCCGCGUACCACGAGAAGCGUGCAGUACCGAAGAAGGUAAAGAAGAAGGGCAAGAAUGCGCAGAAGGACGACAUGUCCAAGGAGGGCAACAAGCGGUCUAGCCGCACGGGUGUCCAGGAUUCUGGCAAGUCAGACACGGAUAAAGUCCUAGAUGCCGUGGAAGCCAAGAUGCGCGCUGAGAUGGAAGAGCAGCACCGACGAGCAAAGUUUGAGAGACUGCGUGACAAGCGCAUCAAAGACCUCCAGGAGGCUCGAAAGCAAAAGUGCGCCGCCCACAUGGCUGAAGUGAGGGAAGCAUACCGAAAGAAGAAGUUCGAAGAGGAGCAGAAGGCAACUGAACGACGGCUGAUUCAGAAGGAGAGGGAGGCUGAAAUCCAGGCGUCCGCGGAGAAGAAGAAGCAGGACCUGGAACGCCUCCAACGCCUACGUGACCAGAACAUCCUCCGCAAGGAGAAGGAGCGCAUUGCCCGUCUGGCGGCGAUGGCCGCUUAA